GGAGACGGCGGCGCUGGGCAGGGUCCGGGCGAAGGCAGGAGCGCCGCUCAGCAGCUCCGGUGGUGCCGAGCCGAGCCGAGCCGUGCCGAGCCGCGGGGACCAUGCCGUCCUACACCGUCACGGUGGCCACGGGCAGCCAGUGGUUCGCGGGCACCGACGACUACGUGUACCUGACCCUGCAGGGCACGGACGGCUGCAGCGAGAGGCACCUCCUGGACAAGCCCUUCUACAACGACUUCGAGCGCGGCGCGGUGGACUCCUAUGAUGUGACUGUGGAAGAAGACCUUGGAGAAAUUCAGCUAAUAAAAAUUGAGAAACGAAAAUACUGGUACCAGGAUGACUGGUACCUUAAGUACCUCACUGUUAAAACACCAGUGGGUGACUAUCUGGAGUUCCCGUGUUACCGCUGGAUUACAGAUGAAAAGGAGGUUGUCCUUCGAGAUGGAAGAGCAAAGCUGCCCCGGGAUGACAAGACCCAGAUCCUCAAGCAGCACAGGCGCAAAGAGCUCGAAUCUCGUCAGAAAAUGUACCGCUGGAAGGAGUGGCAUCCAGGCUUUCCCCUGAGCAUUGAUGCCCAUUCUCACAGUGAACUGCCUCGUGACAUCCAGUUUGACAACGAGAAGGGAAUUGACUUCAUUCUGAACUACACGAAAGCGAUGGAAAAUCUUUAUGUCAACCGUUUCAUGCACAUGUUCCAGUCUUCCUGGAGUGAUUUUGCAGAUUUUGAGAGGAUUUUUGUCAGAAUCAGCAACACAAUCUCUGAAUAUGUGAUGCAACACUGGAGAGAAGAUUUUAUGUUUGGCUACCAGUUCCUGAAUGGAUGCAAUCCUGUGCUGAUCCGGAGAUGCACAGAGAUACCCAAGAAGCUGCCUGUGACCAUGGACAUGGUAGAAUGCAGUCUGGAGAGGAACCUGACACUGGAGGAGGAAGUGAAGCAAGGCAACAUUUUCAUUGUGGACUAUGAGCUGCUGGAUGGUGUGGAUGCCAAUAAAACAGACCCCUGCACAAUACAGUACUUGGCUGCACCCAUCUGUCUGCUGUAUAAGAAUCUGGAGAAAAAAAUUGUACCCAUUGCAAUCCAGCUUGGUCAAAAGCCUGGACCAGACAAUCCCAUCUUCCUUCCUUCAGAUGCCGCAUAUGACUGGCUGCUAGCUAAAAUUUGGGUCCGCUCGUCCGAUUUCCACAUCCACCAGACAGUGACCCACCUCCUACGGACACACUUAGUGUCAGAGGUGUUCAGCAUAGCUAUGUUCCGGCAGCUGCCUGCUGUGCAUCCCCUCUUCAAGCUCUUGGUGCCACAUAUGCGGUUCACAAUAGCCAUCAAUACCAAAGCCCGAGAACAGCUUAUCUGUGAAUGUGGCCUUUUUGACAAGGCAAAUGCUACAGGUGGAGGAGGACAUGUACAAAUGGUGCAGAAAGCAAUGAAGGAUCUGACUUAUCGCUCCCUCUGCUUCCCUGAGGAGAUCAAAGCUAAAGGAAUGGACAGCAAAGAGGAUAUCCCCUACUACUAUUACCGGGAUGAUGGCAUUAAGGUCUGGGAGGCUAUAAAGAGUUUUGCAGAGGAUGUAAUUCACAUCUACUAUGAGAGCGACGAGGUGGUGUGUGAGGAUGUGGAGCUGCAGGCCUUUGUCAAAGACAUUUAUGUCUAUGGAAUGAGGGGUGUCAAAGCCUCAGGGUUCCCUAAGAUGAUCAGGACACGAGAGACACUAGCAGAAUAUCUCACAGUGAUCAUGUUCACUACAUCAGCUCAACAUGCAGCUGUGAAUUUUGGUCAGUAUGAUUGGUGCUCCUGGAUCCCCAACGCCCCACCAACAAUGCGCUGCCCUCCCCCAACAGAAAAGGGCACCGUCACCAUCGAGCAAAUUGUGGAGAGCCUGCCAGACAGGGGACGUUCUUGUUGGCAUCUUGGAGCUGUCUGGGCCUUGAGCCAAUUCCAGGACAAAGAACUGUUUCUGGGCAUGUACCCAGAUGAACACUUCGUGGAGAAGCCGGUGAAAGAGGCUAUGGCAAAGUUCCGCAAGAAUCUGGAUGAGAUUGUCAGCGCCAUCAGCGAGCGCAACAAGAACAAGAAGCUCCCCUACUACUACCUUUCCCCAGAUCGCAUCCCCAACAGCGUUGCUGUUUGAGCACAUAGCCAGGAGAGUCUGAAGGCCUGUAAAGCUAAUGAUGUUUUGCUGUGGUAUGCUCCUUCAAUUAGCUCUUCAGAAAUGGAUAAGAAAUCUGCCCUCUCCAUCAGAGCUUGCUUAAGUCUAUUUGAACUUUCAAAAUAAAUUUAGAUUGGUUAUGACCAAUCUUGCAAACAAAAUCUAACUGACAACCCUCUAGGUCAAAUUUGUUACGAUUUGUUAUUUUUCCAGGAUUUUUAAACUAACCUUAGAAUCAAUAGACAUGUUUCUAAAUAGACAUGUUAUCUUUCCCUCUCCUUGUCAAAACAAAGUAAUCACAGAUUCACUUACUCAACGGAAAUUGUAUCAUGAGCACCAAGCAAGUCACAUUUUAAAAUCCUUCCUGUUUUUAAUAGAUGACACUGGUGACAUUAAGAAAUAUAACAUUUAAAGUUUAUGCACUGUUUUGAAUCUGAUAAUUGUGAAGUAUUUUCACUACCAUCAUGAAUAUCCUAAUCAGGAUGAAAGUAGAAGCAGGAAAAUUUUUUGACAUAGCUGAUGGGGUUUUAUUGCUUUCUUACCAAGUUCAUGUGAAAUGACAUCUCAUAGGAGAUGAAACUUUUGUACCUUUUUAAACCUAAGUAUUUUCUACAUUAAACUAGGAGGGUUUGUUUUAGCCUCUGCCAUCAGAGUUUGGUGUGAUUCACAUGUAGGGACAAAUGCUCUACUUAAGGCAGUGUCAGCAAGCACAGACCUAGCAGCGCUUAUGCUCAGUUUGUUUCAUUGCUGAGACUGUGGGGUUUGUGGACAGUUUCUUCUGUUUUGUGGGGAAUGAAGAGGCUACUUUGCAUAAUGGAAAAAUUUGUGGAGAAGUCUUAAUUGACAGCUUCUAAGAGGAAUCUUAAGAUUUGGCCAAUUAAGCAUUACUGACAUGUUCCAUCUUAGUUAAAAACCACUGAGUUUUGUCUGUUUUGUUUAGAGGUGUUUAUGUUCAAACACUUGGGCUCUGGUAAAAGUUGAGAAAGCCACUGAAAGAAAAACAAAAUAGAGGUUUGUGAAAUUUAAGAUGUGGUUUUGCUGAUUAGAAUUUGGGUUUAUGUUUCUGAGAAUUUGUUCCUUGUACUUGAUCUGCCAGCAUGCAGUGUGUUUUCUCAAUAUAUGAGAAAGUUUCUUGUGCUAAUUAAACAAAACUGAACAUAUAACUUCUAUUUCCUAAUUCAGCAUCUAAUGCUAUAUAUCUCAAAAACCUUGUAGGAAUAAACAAAAUGUGCUGUGUAGAGAAAUUAA